AUGGUCGAUUACAAGCCUAUCUCAACUGAACUGGAGGUUGAUGCAAGGUUAUGUCUAGUCGAAGGCAAAUAUUUAGAAGAUGUAACCAUGUACAUACAAUUAGUGGGAUGUCUUAUCUAUAUCAUGUUAACCAAACCAGAUAUUGCAUAUGCAGUGAGUGUGAUUACUCCAUUCAUGCAAAAACCGAUUAAACGUCAUCUGGAGGUAGUACGUAGGAUAUUAAGAUAUGUGAAAGGGACAAUUGAAUAUAGAAUCCUAUACCGCAAUGAUAAAGAGAUUGAAAUUAUCGGAUACUGUAAUGAUGACUAUGCUAGUGAUCUCGACACACAUCGGUCAACUAUGAGUUAUGUAUUCAAUCUGGGUUUUGAAGCAGUCUCUUGGUGUAGCAAGAGACAACCAACAGUGUUUUUGUCAAGUACAAAAGCAGAAUAUGGAGUAGUGGCUAUGGCAACAUAA